AUGACAAUUACAGGUGCUGCGCCCGCUCACUACGACUGGAAUUUCGCUUGUUGCGGAGGCUGUUCCUCGUCUCAACGCGAGGACGCUUACAAUGGGAAAUUCGCGACAGGAUCGCUCGUGUUUAUCUGGGAUAUCAAGCUCAAAACAGACCCGCAGCCAGCGUGUUUGGUGACAUUCCCGUAUGAUCCAGCACUGAACGAACAAGUUGGUGAGCGACGUGUAAGAAGUGGUCGACGAGUAGGCACCAGCUAUCCGAUCGACAAUGACUACGACUAUCUAUGCUGUGAACAACGCGGGACUUGCCGUGCUCUUAACGAAGACGCAUCCGGGAAAUGUCAAUGUCUAAAACGGUGGGGAUACACUGGCGGUCAUUGCCAAAACAGCGUAUACGACGUUGCAAAAGUUGUCAACGACGUAGUUUUUCCGAACUGCACGAAUAUGUCGUCUGUACAUCACUUGUUGCCUGAUUUGCGCUCCUAUUUACUGUCAUUUGACUACGACGUGGCGAUAACAAGGGCAACUACAUCAAAUGCCCCCACAGGAUUCCUCGACGUGCUCGAAUCGGGCUCCUAUCGCCAAUUUGGCUGGUCUGCAAUGACUUUUUUCGCGCUUGCAUCCUCAUUUUUCGUACUUGUAUUUAUCCUUCACAUGAUGUGGAAUCUAUGUUUCUCGAAGUGCAGCUGUCAUCGGUAUACUAAGUUCAAGAUCUACAGUAAACGCCAGAAAAUUAAGUGGGGAACCUUCAUGAUGGUAGUUAUCGUCGCCAGUAACGCAGCGGCUUUGAUGACUUUUUUCGUGGUAUUUAACGACAUCAAGCCUCUCGCUGAAUCGGUGUUUACCGUCCUGAAUAAAACACUUCCGAGCAACCUUACAACAUUCGAAGCAAAAUUCCUGUCGCCACUGGAUGAUCUUCUUUCGAAUGGGUACAAAGAACCCAACGGAGAUUCGAUUUUCCUACAGAGUAUCCAAGAGCAUUCUAUUAUCGAUUUAGAGCCUCACGUAUUCCUGGAUAACCAAAGCUAUGCCGACGACAUCAUAGGCAAACCAGUAUUUCAUCUACUUGAUCCUCUUGCCAAGUAUUCUGCACUUUAUCCAACAGUCAACAACAAUUCAAUGGACUGUGAGGACAUGAAUAUUACCCAGCCAAGUGUCACUUCUCGAAUGACAAUCGGUGGUCAAACUGGCUGUUUCAAGUGCAAAACAUGCUUCGCGAUCGUGGAGCUGAUAGCACAAGCGAAAACGUCAUGGAGAAGGCAGAUUUUUGAAGUGCAGAUCGACAUGCUUUUGGCAAAAAAUGACCUCAAGAAUUUUAGCGUAACAAGCAGCUCACUAACACCGACGAUUCGAAAUUUUCUGGAUCGAAUGCACUUAAUGUGCAGUGACUUUCGUGAAGUUAGCAACCGACUUGCAACAGCUUACGAUGAUAUUGCAAAUGAGAUACAACACUUGUCACUGUGUGGUCUUUACGCACUUUGCGUCCUCUGUGGUUUGUCCAUUCCCCUCGGUGCUAGCGCCUUUGCUCACGGGAUUCUUGCGGGUAAGCGGAGAGUCGGUCGUGCAACAUGCUUCUGCGUUGAGAUAGCGUUUCUCCUCGCUUUGAUUCUUACCGGAGUACUCUACACGAUGAGUCUUAUGCUUCAAGAUGGGAUUGUGGUUUUACGACGACUUGAAGAGAAUACGUACGCAUUUCUACCUUCGAUUCAGUCCGCGGAAGACGUAAACAGGCUUCUUUUUGAUCAAAACUUUGUGGAGACUACAGGGAUGGCCGGGACUCUCGCGUUUAGUGACACUCUUCGUGUACCACCACACCCCACAUCUGCCACGGACGAGCCUGAUCGAUUUAAUUUUACAGAACUGUAUGAUAUGCCAGUACUCUUUGCACUGGGGGACCUCACAGCUCGACCAGAUGAGGCCUUGAUCGAGCUAUUUGCUUGGAAUGAGAAAUUUGUAUCAAGGCAUUACGAGGAACUUAAGCAACUUGCUUUAUUCGACGCGGAAGUUGAAACCCCGUACAACGAAACGCAACACCAGGAUCUCCUUAACUCCACGAUCCAGAAACUAAUGGAUCCUGAUAAGGAUGGUGAACUCGUGACACCGAAUGAUUUAUUAGAAAUUGAGACUGUUUUUAAUAAAAGCUGGCGAGGAAUCAGUGACAAAGGUCUGGAACGAAACACGAUUAUUCAAACGCAGUGGCUAUUCGUUGCGCAACUUUAUAACCAGAAACAGAAACUGGAGGUGUACGUUGCUACCAUCUCCCGCUAUAUCAGUAAAAUCCACCAGCCACUGGAUGAUUUAAUCAUUAAAACUCAGACAAUGGAAAACGCAGAAUUCCAAUUAAAGGCUCCUGUUGAGUUCGUGACUGAUUUAAUACGCGCCAGCAAGAUCGCCGAUUGCAAUUUCAAUGGAAACUGUGCUUGGUUUCGUUCAGCGCUCAACAACUUAUUCGAUCUUUUCCAACAAAUGGUACUAAAAGCAGAGCGUGCUGCAAUUUCCUGCGCGGUGACUGCAACAACACUUUUACUGUCGAGACUUUGCACCAACACAUUCACUUCCAGAAUGCGUCAGAACAUGGUGAAAGUGUACUCUUCGGGUUAA